ACGUGAAGAGGUUACUUAAGAUAGGAAUUCUGAACUCCAAACCGUUCACCUACUGAUCAGUUAACUAUUUCAAUGGCUAGCAAUUCAAAGCCACAAUUUUUUCUCUUCUCAUCACUGCUUAUUCUUCUACCUAUAUUAUCUUCUGGGUCGCUCAAUACUGUUACAGGCCAUGGGUUCUCAAUAGAAGAAGCAAGUGUACAUGACAUCCAACUCGCUUUCAAGCAAAACCAACUCACCUCAAGGCAACUCGUUGAGUUCUACCAAAAACAAAUACACAGACUCAACCCAAUCCUUAAGGGCGUCAUAGAGGUGAACCCAGAAGCACUACACCUAGCUGAUAAGGCUGACUCCGAGCGCAAAUCAAAAGCACCUGGGUCACUCUCUGGGUUACAUGGUAUUCCCAUCCUGCUCAAGGAUAAUAUUGCAACCAAGGAUAAGCUGAACACUACGGCUGGCUCUUAUGCAUUGCUAGGCUCAGUGGUGCCUAGAGAUGCUGGAGUGGUGACCAAGCUGAGGAAAGCUGGGGCUAUCAUCAUAGGAAAGGCUAGCUUAAGCGAGUGGUCUCAAUUCAGGUCGUUCUAUGUACCCAAUGGUUGGAGCGGCAGAGGUGGCCAAGGAAAGAAUCCCUAUGUUCUGUCGGCAGAUCCAUGUGGGUCAAGUAGUGGAUCAGCUAUAUCAGUGGCUGCAAAUUUGGUGGCAGUGUCAUUGGGGUCUGAGACAGAUGGCUCUAUUAUUUGCCCAUCCAGUUCUAACUCAGUUGUGGGCAUUAAACCAACAAUUGGUCUCACAAGCCGUUCUGGGGUCGUCCCAAUCUCUCCUAGGCAGGACACUAUUGGGCCUAUUUGCAGGACCAUAUCAGAUGCUGUUUACGUUCUUGAUGAGAUUGUUGGUCUGGACUACAACGAUAAAGCAACCAUUAAAGCAUCAAAGUACAUUCCACAUGGUGGCUAUAAACAAUUUCUUAAGGUUAAUGGGCUUAAGGGGAAGCGAUUGGGAAUAGUGAGAAAACCCUUUUACAAUUUCGGCAAUGACACCUUCUUAAAAAAAAUAUUUGCACAGCAUCUUGAUACACUAAGGCAAGAAAGUGCAAUUUUGGUGGACAAUCUUGAAAUAGCUAACAUUGAUGUUAUCUUGAAUAUUGGCACCUCGGAAAUGACAGCAUUGAUAAUAGAGUUCAAACAGGCCUUGAACAAAUAUUUAAAAGAACUGGUGGCUUCCCCAGUGCGUACCUUGGCUGAUGCUAUAGCCUUCAACAAGAAGUUCUCAGAUUUGGAAAAAAUCAAGGAAUAUAAGCAGAACCUCUUUCUAGAAGCUCAAGCCACAAAUGGGUCUAGUAACAAAGAGAAGACAGCAUUACAAGAUAUGGCAAGGCUGACGAGAGAUGGUUUUGUGAAGUUGAUGAUAAAGCAUAACCUUCAUGCAUUGGUGACUCCAUAUUUAGGACCUUAUGGUGUUAGUGUUACUUCUGUCCUCGCAAUUGGGGGCUUCCCUGGAAUUAGUGUCCCUGCAGGAUAUGAUAGUAAAGGUGUGCCAUUUGGUAUUUGCUUUGGGGGACUUAAAGGUUCAGAGCCAAAGUUGAUUGAAAUCUCAUAUGGCUUCGAGCAAGCUACUAAGAUUAGGAAGCCUCCUUCAUUUAAACCUUGAAGCCCAAACACCUAGCCUCCAUUCAAAGUUUUAGAACUUGCAUUGAUACUUAUGAAUCAUUAGGUUUGAUUAUGCUAGUUUGUGGUGAUAUAUAUAUAUUAACUACAGUUCAACUAUGGCGACAAUGUAAUUAAGUUGGGCUAAUAAUCUUGCUGGCAUAUAUGGACAAAGGGCAAGUACUGUGUAUUAAGUUUUGGUAACAAGACAUUAUUAAAAUGAUAUUGUCCUAAGUUAUGAUUAA